CAGCUUUAGGCUUACCGUACGCUCGUCCAGUCCAAGCCCAUGGCAUGCGCGUAUGCCGUUGACGUGUUUCAUUCUAAAUGUGUACCAUACCCUUCAUGCUUAUUCAUACUUGACUUCUUGCUCUCCAAAUGAAAUGAAAAAAUCACGGACUGUUUACCUUGACUGUUCAAAUAAUACGCCUUUCCCGGAGGCUAUUUUAGGGGAAGGACUGCAAAUACAUCAAUGGAGCGCUACAUGUGUUGCUUAGAAGUUUAAGUACACCAAAUCAGCGGUGGUGUGUUAGACAGCCCGAAUUGCACAUCGCCAUGGCGAAGGGCAGCAUCGUCGUCUCCCUCCGGUCCAAAGGAAUCCCAUCCUUUAAUAGGUCGUUAUUCCUUGACCUGCGCUACCAAGCCGUGCAAUUCGUGACGGAGUUCCUGGACAUUUUCUUGGCUGCCUUCGUUUCAUUUGCAUGCUUAUCGUGGACGUCAUGGAUCAGCAUCGCUGUGGCCAUCGUGUCCAUCGCGGGGACCCAGUCAAGCGACUUCGCACGGAUAGAAGCGGACGUGGUAUUCGUGUUCUUCAUGUACAUCUUGCUGCCGCUUCUCCUGCUACUGGUCUUCGUCUUCAGCAGGCGGGACCGAGCAUCUCGUAACUUGGCGGACCUUAAGGCAUCAUUCGUUACGCUGAUGCUCAGCCGGCCGCCAGGCAGCACACCGGCGCAGCGUGAGGCGUCAGACGACCUGCAUCGUAAGGCGGUCACCUUCAUUGACGACCUCCGCCAGUACCUACAGCACCGCAGGCCUUAUGCGCGUCACUUUUACCUGCCCUACCGCACAUCGGAGCCCAGCCCCACGGAUGAAUUGCUCAGGGUGUCUCGGGAGUUGGGCCUGUUGUUACGCAAGGUGCAUCGCGGUGUCCGCGAUUUGCACCUAACGUGCGGACGCAUGGGCGAUGCAGGCAUCGGCCAAGCCCAGGUCGCCAGCCUGAUAACGCGAGUGGAGGCGGUGCAUGCCGCCACGGAGCGGCUCGUCAACAUCAAGGAGAUGCGCACUCCCGUGGUCCUCCGUGCGACGAUCCGCUGGUUCGUAGUGGUCCUCAUUCCCGUCGUGAUGGGCCCGUUUUGGAACAACAUCUCCAUUAAACUAGGCGACAACGGCGCCUUUGCCGGCAUCUUGGGCGUUCUGACCCAGAUCGCCCUCAUGGGAAUUGUGGACACAGUGGUUGCGAUGGAGGACCCAUUUGACGACACCGCGCUAGACGCGAUCAGCCUUUUCGAGGUCCUCGACCAAGUGGGCGUGAUGACCACUCCCGCCACGGAUGCGGACGGGUACGAGGAGCUGGGCGCUGAGGCGGAGCGGGGCGGCAACGAGGACGGCGGCGCUCCGCAUGUCGCGAUGUUCAUGGGCUCGGGUGCCAGCGGUGGAGGCGCGGGCAGCGGCGGUGGUGCUGGUAGUGGUGGUGGAGCAGCAACACCAGGGGCCGCUGCGCCAGGAGCGGCGGCGGUGGCGGCGGCUGGGGAGGCUGCGCCGCCGGGCUCUCCUGGCGCGGGUACGGUUGCGCCGCCGGUGGGGAGCGCGUCUCCGGGACCGCCGUCGGAGGUACCCAGCAUGAACCCACAGAAGGCCCAUGCGCAUCACGGCAUGGUGCAGCCCUCCGGUGUGGCUGCCAUGCGUGGUUCCAUUGUCACCUCGGAGACGGCAGUCGGACCGCCGUCAGCCAUUGAGCCGUAUGGCGGCGGAACGGCAAUGCCGUCCAUUACGUCACCGCCGCUGCCAGACGUGGGGGUGCCUAUUAGGGCACCCGUGGCGGCGCCGC